CAACCUUUAGAUUAGGGUUCCUGGGAUCUGUCUCGCACUUACAACAGUCCAUCUCGCGUCCUGCUUACGCCCCUUUUCCAGCGUCCUCUGUCGCUGCGUGCCUGCUCGCCCUUUGGCUCCUCCACCCUUCGUAGUCUAGCUUCACCUCUCCCUCCACAAUGUCUGGAAAGAAGAAAGUCAGAGCCGAGAAGGAAGAGAAUGUCACCCUUGGUCCAUCCGUGAGGGAUGGGGAGCACGUCUUCGGCGUGGCCCACAUCUUCGCCUCUUUCAAUGACACCUUCGUGCAUGUGACUGAUCUUUCAGGGAAGGAGACUAUUGCUCGUGUCACUGGUGGUAUGAAGGUUAAAGCAGAUAGAGAUGAAGCGUCACCUUACGCGGCUAUGCUUGCUGCUCAGGAUGUCGCUCAGCGGUGCAAGGAGUUGGGAAUCACCGCCUUGCAUAUUAAACUCCGUGCUACCGGAGGAAACAAGACAAAGACUCCCGGACCUGGAGCCCAGUCUGCACUUCGAGCCCUGGCCCGUUCUAACAUGAGGAUUGGACGCAUUGAGGAUGUAACCCCAAUCCCAACUGACAGCACCAGGAGGAAGGGAGGACGCAGGGGACGUCGUCUCUAGAUCCUUUAUUAUCUGCUGCAUUGGGCGGUCUACUGGGCAUUUAUGUUUUAUCUUUCCUAUGGAUUCUAAUUAGGAAAGAUCGGCAUACUGCUUUGAUCCAGUUUUGAUGUGUUCUUAAUUACUGCAACAUCGACAGAAAAUUUGAUUCAAGGAGUA